AUGGAUUUCGUGCUGUUGCUAUUUGGAGUGCUGAUUGUGCUUCAGCGUGGUGUGGCUGAUUUGCCUCCCUUGUUGAACGACCAAGCAUAUCAGGACGGCGAACUUGGAGCCUAUCCUAGGCAGACCUUCUUCUCAGAUCUGGAUGUAAUUGCACCUGUUCCUAACAUUAUCGUUCAACAAAAGGAUGGAGCGUCCCCAGCUCGAUACAUAACCUGGGCGGCUCACGGCGACAACUUUACCACUGUCCCUCAGCUGCUCGAUGUGGAAACCCUUUCCGUCAUCUAUCAAGGGCCUCACUAUGACGAAGACACGUUUGGAUUCACGGUUCAGACGUGUAACAACAGUGAUUAUUUGAUAUGGUGGGCAGGCACGAGCAUCGAUGGCCGUGCCGGCGGGUUCGUCUACAUCCUCAAUUCGACGUACCACUUGGUGUGGAAUAUCUCUUCCAUAGACCUGGAGUACAUCGAUGCGCAUGAUAUCUUCUUGACGCCAGAUUGUCACGCCAUUUAUACCUCAUACCAGUCAAGGAUUGCUGAUCUGCAGGAGUAUGGAAGUGAAAUGUGGCCAUUGAGCAACAGUUCUUGGCUUCUCGAUUCGUAUUUCGAAGAAGUCGACCUCUUGACGAACGAGCUGGUCUUUCGUUGGCGUGCAUCUGACCAUAUUGACAUGCAUGAUUCAUUCUGGCUUCCAGAGAUUGAACAGCAAGGAGACGAGAAUUGGCAUGGUUGGGACUUCUUUCACAUCAACAGUGUACAGAAAGAUCAUUUAGGCAAUUAUCUCAUCUCCGCUCGGCACACCAACGCAGUCUACUACGUUGAAGGUAGGACUGGAUCUGUACUCUGGACGCUGGGUGGCUCUCGCAAUGACUUUGUUGACCUCAGUGGUGGUCGAGCCACUGAUUUCUCGUGGCAGCACGAUGCUCGUUGGAUCGAUGAUUCACUGACAUCGCUGUCUCUGUUCGACGAUAGAAGUUGUGGCUACAUCCAAGCAGAAGAUUCGACCUCGCGAGGUAUCAUCAUAGACCUGGACUUUCACGCCAUGACAGUAAGCCUAGCUGCCGAGUAUAGGGCUCCUGACGAUAUUGUCGCUGUACGUAAAGGUGGCAUGCACCAUCUUGACAAUGGAAACAACUUGCUAGGCUAUGGUAGUGAGCCUGCCUUCACCGAGUUUGCUCACAAUGGGACGAUACUGUGGGACGUUCGCUUCGGCCCAGUCAUGCAGGAUAUUGAUCGAGAAACGGCGGACAAUUAUCGUGCUUACAAGCUCGACUGGGAUGGUACUCCUCAUUGGAGUCCAAAGAUUGCUGCUGGGCCGUCAGUUGACAGGAUGCCAGUAACACUCUUCAACGGCGCAUACACGGAGUCUCUGAGCAAAUCCAGCAACGACACAGCUUACUUCAGCUGGAAUGGUGCAACGCGACUCGCUUCGUGGCUAGUGCUUGCGGCAGAUGAGCCGAGGAAUGUCCUGGAGAUGAGAAGUGUGUUAGCGCAGACCAACAAAACAGGAUUUGAGACUGGCUUAUACGUCGGUGAACAGUUUCCCUUUAUUUGCGUUAUUGCCAUGGACAAUGAAGAAAAGAUAUUAGGAGUAUCACAACUCUUACAUGUCCCAAGCGGUAAAACAGCUGAGAUCGAGGAUACUGCCAGCCCUCUGUACAGCCAAUAUGUGGUGUUCAAGCAGAAGUGGCAUUCUCACAAAUACCUCAACGCUCGAUUAAAUCUAGCAAUACCUGUUAUGGCUGUCAGUGGAAUCGUAUUGGUGUUCUGUGCCUGCUACAGGUCCAGAGCUCUUAGCCGUCGGCUUGCAGAUGUUUUCGGACGAAGAGGCUACCAGCCAGUCCAGCAUACGGAUGAGAUUGAAAAGCAGCUGGACUUUGACAUUACGCGGGAGUUCUCUACAAGUUCCGCUGUUGACCCAGCGACAUCGCUAAUGUCCCAUGAAACGGUUAAGUGGGAGAGUGAAGACGAUCCAGGUAUGGGUGCGCGAAGAAUCCAUCAAUGA